GUUACUACUGAUAAAAACAAUAAAACCAUUAAUGUUAAUUUUUUAUUUUUUUGUCGUUGUGCUUUGAAAUUAUUUUACAAGUUUAUGCUUUCUAUUAUAAAAAUGGAAUCGAACUUAAAUAUAAGUAGUACCAUUAUACCACAUAUUUUUUUACCACAAAAUAUCAACCCACAGCAUAUUGUAGAUGAUAACCUCAUUAUCUUGGAAUGUGUUUUGCUGCAAAAUUAUAAUUAUGUUAUUGAUUCGUUCAAAACAAUACUACCAUUAAAUUUUUUGGAUGCAUUUUCUGAUCCGUUUGAAGCAAAGUUUCGCAUUAAUGUUUGUACAAUCAAUGAUGCCAAAGUAUGGCUUGAUAAAUUUUCAAAUUUACAUAAGGUCACUAUGAGAGAAACACAAGGUCGAAUCAUUAAAGAUGUCAAGUAUCUUUUAUCUAAACGAUUUUACUGUGUACAUAGUCACCUAGUAAAGCUAAAACAGGGACAAAAAAAUAAAAUUAAUGAUACAAAUAUUAACUCUAUGGAAGAAUUCCUGGAUCAAUCUGUUGGUGCGAGAAAUGGAAAAGACAUGUUUGAUCGGUUAGCCAAAGAAGUUGAUGAGUUCAAUAUUAAUGAAAAAGGAUAUGCUUGGAUGCAACCAUAUAUUGCUCCAACAUGUGACAAUUCUGGACAACCAUUUAUCCUUGUAAUUAUAAUCAAUCUAAUGAAACGCUGUCAUUCUCUACAACAAGCUGGUGAAUUGGUAUACAUAGAUACUACGGCUGGUCUUGACGUUCUUAAUACCCCAUUAAUGAUUCUCUCUACAAGUACAUCCAUUAGAAGCUUGCCUCUUGCGGUGAUACUUACGUCAGAUGAAACUGCAUAUACUUUUUCAGAAGCUUUAAAUGCUUUAAAAUCUGUAAUGCCAUUAACAGCAUUUAAUGAACAUAGACCUGGGGUUAGACCUGAAGUUAUAAUGACGGACGAUUGCAAAGCAGAGAGAAAAGCCCUACAUAAUACCUGGAAUAAGGCUACUUUGCUACUAUGUGUCUUUCAUUUUCUUCAAGCGAUGUGGAGAUGGUUGUGGGAUGGAAAGAAUAGUAUCAAUAUAGAUGACCGUGUUAUUAUAAUUGGAUGUUUGAAGAAGAUUGUAUUUGCAAAGACUGAAUCUAAACUUGAAGAAGAGUAUAGAGCAUUAAUAAUUAAUCAAGUAUACUUGAAAUAUCCACAUUUCCAAAAACACUUUGAAGCCAUGUGGAACUGA